GUGCGCGUAUGAUUGUGCCCUGUGAUGGGUUGGUACCCCAUCCAGGGUGUCCCCUACCUUGUUCUCCAAGUCCCCUGGGAUAGGCUUCCCAUGACUCUGUGUAGGUACAGAAAAUUGAUGUAUCUUCUCAAUGGAUAUUGUUAUCUUUUAGCGUUCAUUACACUGUCUAGUUCUAGUAAAUCAUGGUAAUUAGACCUGUGGCGAAUAAGACUUAGUAUUCUGAUAUAAUUGAAAAGUAUUUUUGCUUCGUUGCUUUCUUUGCCUGGUGUACCGAACCGUUGUUUGCGCAACCACAUCUUUCUUGGACUUCCUUUCCAUCAGCACAGAUCAUCUAGCCAGUGUGUGUGUGUGUGCGUGCUUGCGUGCGGGCGGGCGGGCGUGCGUGUGCGCGCGCGCACGAUCAAACAGGCUCUCGUGCGCACGAGCCGCACCUCAUGAACUUUACGCGAGCAUCUCCUUGAUUUCCAACUUGUUUUCGUCUGACAUCAGGGCACUUAACCCAGCAUGGCCUUUUUCAGGAUUUGGGGCAUGAAACGUGAUUCAGAAAAGACCAAUGCGUAGCUCGUGCGGAUUACGCGGAGGGGAAUACAUCCACCUAGUGCAUCUGACCACUCGACUCGACUGCCUCAUGCACAUUUACUCACACUACACAAGCAAGAAAGAAAUCGGGAAGAUGCUGUGGAGCGCCACACGCUUCGAUCAGGAAGCAGACGCACAUGAAGCGGAGAUGAACCUGCGACUUGCAUGGAUACGAUGAUUGACGUUCAACUCGGGAAAGUUUCUAAUGAAGACAUUACCAAAUUGUAAAGAAUAUUAAUAAUAAUAAUCAUAAUUUUUUUAAAAAGUAAUAUGCAUAUCUUGAAUCCUUCGUUCGUGUGGAUGUCCUUGGCAUGAAGUGUUCAGGUGUCCUCUGGUUCCUGUAACGUUACUCCACCAGGCGCAUCGCCAUCAGUCCAGUUCUAUGCGCCCUCCGCCUGCUCACACGCCGAUCUGUUUACCAGCUGAGCGAAGGAGGGAUGCAUAGUCGAGACAGAACCCCUUUCAGAUCAAGGCUUCGGCCAUUUCUGUUAGGCCACUGCUUUUUCUCGUCGUUUCUUCUUUUAUGCCAGGCUGAGCUUCAGAGGUCAUGCUCACAGCUUGGCUCUCAGAGACGAGGUGAACACUGCCAGUCGCUGUGCCACUGCAGAUACUACCCACCUCUACCUCCUCCACCUCCACCUCCACCCCCUCCUCGGCUACUCAUCCCCACAGUGGCUGAGCCUCCAGUUCCUCUGCUAAGGCCAUGGUGGAUGGACUUCAUUGUGGUUGUGACAGUAGGAUGCACUUCGGCUUUCUUUCUACUCUUAAUUCUUCUCAUCUGCUACAAGGCCAUUAAACGGAAACCUCUUAAAAAAGAGGAAAAUGGCACCAGUCGUGGAGAAUACGCCAUGAGCUGCCGCAAGAAAAAGACCACUAAUAAUGUUGUAGUGUAAAACAGACACACAUUAAGAGCUAAUGAUGUCUCUGGAUUACUGCAUCCUCAGCAUUUACUGACCCAAUGUGCAGCAGAAGUGCUAACCCAAAUGUCCGUCCGAUGUCAAAGCAGAAAAUGGAGAACAAGAACAAGGUUAAGUUAUUCGAAAACUGUAACAGUACUGCUCUGCACUCUUAGAGAUCCACUCCCAUACACAAAUAGCAAACUGUGGCAUAGAGACAAUGAUGUAUAUUUGCAUGAUUUGUUUAAAAAAAGAAAAUUCAAUGCCAAUAUAUUAAUAUAUAAUACCAGAUGCUUUAUUUUACAUUUGAUGCACUGGCCUCGAAUCGAAUUUCUAAGCAUAGCUUUUUCUAUUUAUUUAAUAAAUUAUGAUUAUUUAUUUUGUUGACAUUUUUGUGGGACACUGCAUGUCUUCGGAUGAGGAGAUGUUUAAAAAAAAGAAGAAGACAUGGCUGUGUCAUUCAGCUGUGUCUUAGGGAAACUGAACAAAUGAGUUUGCAUGGUAUAUUGUGCACACCUAACUGAAAUCCUCCAUGUAGAAAAUUUGGUCUCAAACUAUCAUAUGUUCAAUGGUUGCCUUGCACAGUCAAGGCUGUGGAUUCAUAUUUGUGCUGUAUUUCUAAAUGUUAAUGUGAUAUAACAUUGAGACAAGCCUAUGCACAGAUACUUACACAACAUGUUACAUCAUCAUUCUAGUAUGAACCCUGAAGGUCUUUCCUGGUGUUCUGCAUUAUUUCUGUGGUAUAGUGUGGUUUCAUAUUUGCAAUGAGACUAAAAUGCCUGUCUUGUAUCCUCCUUAAGGCUAGCAUUCUAAACACUCCCUUGUCUGUGCAAAAUACAAGGACAGUUGACAAUCAUGCAAGAGGCAGUCUGUCAUGUUUAGAUGUGAUUACAUGCUAAUUGUUCCCAUCAUAAUCCACCACACAAGAGCCCUUCCACUAAAGUCUACUGAGAUAUCUGAUGAACAUUAGCACUUCACUUAUGAGUGAGUGCAAGAAAGACGUCACUAUUUCAUGUGCCCUAAACCUCAUGUAGGCUUCCAUCAGGAAGAUAAUGUAAUGUCUGUAUUGUUACUGAUGGUAUAAUGACAAUUAAGUAUCAUGCUAUAUAUUAAUAAAAAAAAUACAUUAACAUAGAGGUUCAAAUCUUUGAAUAUGCAUUACAGUUGGUUCAUUUCAAUGGUUCAAACCUCAUGUUCUGUGUCUGAGUGCUGUCUCUCUGUCUAUCUAACUACAAUUGUGAAGGUUGUUCUCAUCUGCACUGUAUCCUAGAAAAUCCCAAACAGAUAUAUGUAAGAUAUAUAAAAUGUAUUAUAUGUACAAAUGAGAGGAAAUGAUGCAUGUAUGAAUGUAAACAGUGAUUUCAAAAUACUGUACCUUCUGGACUGUUAUUCACUCAUAAAAGAGUGACUAAAUAUCUUUAUAUAUAGU